AUGCGCUUCCUUCGCCAUGUGCUAGCAGCAACUGUUUUGCUGACAAUGAGCAGUGUCUUUUUCUUGACGCAACUUUUGAAUUCCGGGGCAGGAAGCGCGGUGGCCAAGCUUGGAGACAGUGAUGCCUGGCGGGGACGCUUCAGCGAAGAAAACUGCCAGCGUGGCGGGCUUUUCCACCUUCCAGAAGAUAUACAGGAUUGCAAACAUCCACUGUAUGCUGGUGAGUUUGGUCGCGCACCAUGGACCGAGAUGUUUGUCAGCAACCCUCUGGAACCUGGCUGUUGGAACUCAACGAACAUGUGCUCACCCUUCCGGUGCUUUCCAUCUUGUUUAACGGAUGAAAACUGGAGGGAGAUGAUCAGGUACUGGGAGCCUGGCAAGCCCGGAAGACGGAAGAUCAUGGUUUUCCAGUAUGGGAAGGUGGCAUCCACCGGAAUCGUGAAGGGCCUGAAGGUUUUUGCAAAUCUGACGGCGGCGCACAUCCACACUGCAGAACAUGCAAGGCAGUGGUUGCAAGGGCGUCACGUCGAUGUGCCGAACAUUCAGCAAGGAUUUGCGUUAUCACGGGAAUGGUCAUUGAACUCAGGAGAUGAGUGCUUCAUCAUCACUGCCUCCAGAAGUCAUUUCACCAGGGAUCCUUCAGAAUACUUCGAGAAUGUUCUCAUGGAGAACCAUCCUUAUGGCUACCACCCUCGUGGAAGAACCCGCCACUUUAGCAGGCCGCUGCGUCCUGGAGAGAAGAAGUGGACUUUGGAGGACGUUAUCUACAUGGGACAGCACAACGUUUCAGCGCUGAUUGAUGAUUUUCGUGCUCAACACGGCAUUGUUCUUUCUUUCUACAAGAGAUGGUUCUCAGAAGUGUUCCAAAGCGCGACCGGCCUGAAUAUUCUGUCGCAGCCAUUUGACCGGAAGAAGAGGUUUUCGUGGAUCCAUGGUGCACAGUGUUCCGCUUUGGUAUUGCGGUCGGAGGAUUCAAAAUCAUGGCCAGAGAUCCUUGCGAACGUCUUCCCAGGCUUCAAGAUGCCAGUGUUGUCAAAUUCUGCACAGACGAAGUGGUACAGCGAGGCCUACAAGGCGUUCAAAGCAAACCUCACCUGGACUCGAAACGAGAUCAGUGGCAUGUGUCAGACCGAAACUGAGCGGCACUUCUACAAGGCUGAUGACACGUCUCCCUGUCACCACGAGCGCGCAGUAGCCAAAUGGGUGCAUGAAUUUUCAGGCUCCAGGCUUCUAUCUUAA